AUGUGCAGUGCAGAUGCAUCCAGAGCCAAAAGUUCUUACUUCCUCGUCCUCCAUUCAAACGGAAGAAGCCCCCGUGGUAUGAUUGCAGUCCAAGCCGAUCCAGAAUUGCUGCGGAUCAGGUCCCCCUUCACGUUGGCUAUCAUGUAUAUCAUGGACUUAAUUAUGUUCUUCCUUGACACAUACUUGUGGUACAUCAUCCGGGUUGUCGUUUUCUCUGUUGCUCACUCUUUCUCACUUGGCCUGUCAAUCUGGAUGCCUUGGAAAGAUGUGUACACCCGCCUUCCUAAGCGCAUCUACACCAAACUCCUCGCCACUGCCGAGAUGGAGCUUCUCUACCGCAUUGAGAAUCUCGCCAUCGUGUCCAUGUUUGGGGGCAACACAGAGAAGCUCGAGUGGGAGCUUGAGAGGAUGGCACGCUGCAAGUUCAAGUUCGCCAUCUCCAUGCAGCAGUUCUCAAAGUUCAACAAGGAGGAGCAGGAGAAUGCUGAGUUCUUGCUGUGCGCAUAUCCAGAUCUACAGAUUGUGUACCUUGAUGAAGAGCCCAGGCCAAAAGGCAGCAAAGGCUGGUUGUUUUCGAUGUUGUCACUCUUUGUGGUCUCUGAUCACAAUGUUUGCGAGGCAACCUUCCCUUUUACGGUCAUGGUCCAUCACAGGAUUGAAGAGAUUGAGGAAGAGGCUCCCAUGCGGCAUACACUCAUUUCCAUGGAUCUCGAUACCUACGUUGCGAAGUCUUACAAUGCAAUGCAAGCCAGUGUUUCAAUUAACACUAUUGACUCUGAAUGCGAGGAUCAGAGCAAUGGAUCAAUUACAAUGGUUUGCACCACUGCUCAACUAUCACAGCGACGGCAAGAUUAA